AUGGGCCAUCGACAAUUGAGUACUGCGCAGAGCAUCAACUCCACCAGAGGACGUACCCAGAGUAUCCAUUCAAUCCCACCCGUCUACACCGAGAAGGAGAAGAAUCGUCGAAAGCGCGAGCAGGAGGAAGAAAAGAAGAGCGUCAGCAUCGAUGAGCAUCUCCUACCACACCAAGAUGUUGCUGCUCGAUACAAGACAAACAUCAAUGUUGCGUCACCGGGAGAAUCGCAGGGUCUCACUUCUGCGCAGAGUGAACAGUUGCUUUUAGAGCAUGGUCCUAAUAUCUUGACACCUCCGAAGAAAACUCAUCCGUUCAUCAAGUACCUGCAAUACCUGUCCAGUCUGUUCAACUUGCUGUUGAUCCUCGCUGGUGUCCUGGAAUACAUUCUGCUGGGUAUUAGCUUUAAGGCCAACUUCGAAAACACUUAUUUGGGAGCCAUUCUCAUUGCGGUCGCUUUCAUCAAUGCCUUCAUCGAAUUCUAUCAGCAGCAAAAGUCCCAGGCCCUCUUGGAGUCUUUCCUCAACAUGAUCCCCGCCAAGUGCAUGGCCGUCCGUGAUGGCAAGCUAGCCCAACAUGAAGCUGUAUCGCUAGUUCCGGGCGAUGUUGUCUUCGUUCGCAUGGGCGACAAGACUCCAGCUGAUAUAUUGGUAUUCUCUGCCUCUGAUUGCAAGGUUGACAAUUCCUCCUUGACUGGAGAAUCCGAGCCCCAAGAGCGAAUGAAGGACAAUGAUAUGCGAAACCCUCUUGAAGCCACGAAUCUCAUGUUCAAUAGCACACUUUGUGUUUCAGGAGAAGCUUACGGUAUCGUCAUUCGCACUGGUGACAGCACAGUGCUCGGUCAAAUUGCAAAUCUCACAUCUGGUGAAGAGAAGAUGACCUCUCCUCUUACCCACGAGAUUGGUAAUUUCGUCAAGAUUAUUGCCACACUUGCUAUUUUGACCGCCCUCAUCUUCUUCGGUGUUGCGUUCCCUGUCAACGAUGACAACAUUAGUCUUGCCCUGAACUUUGCAAUUGGUAUUUUCGUUGCUUGGGUACCUGAGGGUCUGCCUGCUACGGUCACCAUGCUCUUGACCAUUGCUGCUAAGAGAAUGGCCUCGCAAAAUGUUCUGGUCAAGGAUCUGCAAGGUGUCGAGACUUUGGGAGCCAUUACCCUACUAGCUACCGACAAGACUGGAACCUUGACUCGAAACCAAAUGACAACCACCAAUGUCUGGACUUGUGGAGAACUAUACGAAGCCACUCAACGUGCUGGCAACGAAAAGACUGUCGCUAAGCUGGACAAGCCAGGUGUCCCAGACCUUCUACACAUCUGCGCCCUCUGCUGCAGGGUCAAGUUUGACCGAACCGAUAUCCCUAUGAAAGAACGUCAAAUCUUGGGAGAUGCAACCGAAUCUGGUCUUAUUCGCUACGCCGCUGACUCUCUCGGAAAUUUCGACAGCCUUGCCAUCAAAUACCCUAAGGUCUUCGAAAUCCCCUUCAACUCCGAGACCAAGAUGCACAUCAGUAUCCACAAGAAAGCUCAUGCUAACGGCCCAUUGACUCUCUACAUUAAGGGUGCUCCUGAACGUGUCUGGAAGCUCUGUAACCGCUUUCUCAUUGGUUCGGAUGGAGAGUCUGUUCCCCUGACUGCUGAGCACAAGCAACGUUAUGAUGAGACAUACGAGCACAUGGCUAGUCAAGGACAUCGUGUUUUGGGCUUUGCUGAACUGUUGCUUCCUGGAGAUCAAUAUCCGGAGGACUUUGUUUUCGACAAGAAGACGAAGAACUAUCCCCAAGGCGACUUUACAUUCGUCGGUCUCGCUUCUCUCCAAGAUCCCCCUAAACAUGGCGUUCGCGAAGCCAUUGGACGUUGCCGUGCUGCUGGUAUCAAAGUGAUUAUGGUUACAGGCGAUCAUCCCUUGACUGCUGAAGCCAUUGGUCGUAAGAUCAACUUGAUGCUCGGCGAAACCAAGGCCAUGGUAGCUAAGCGGACUGACCGCACCAUCGAGGAAGUCCGAGAAGAUGAAUACGACGCCAUUGUGAUUCAUGGUGAAAUGAUCGACAACUUAACUGAGGCCGAGUGGGACAAUAUCUUGUGGAAGCCCGAGAUCAUUUUUGCUCGUACUUCGCCGAAGCAUAAGUUGGAGAUCGUUCGUCGUGCUCAGAGCAUGGGACAUAUCGUCGGCGUUACAGGUGACGGCGUCAACGAUGCUCCUGCGCUCAAGAAAGCCGAUCUGGGAAUUGCCAUGAACCUGUCCGGAUCCGACGUCAGUAAGGAAGCUGCAGCCAUGAUCCUCCUCGAUGACAACUUCGCAAGCAUCAUCCGUGGUAUUGAAGAAGGCCGUCUUAUCUUCGUCAACUUGAAGAAAUCGAUCAAGUAUACGGUAUCUCACAUCACACCUGAGAUUAUCCCCAACUUGCUCUAUGUCAUUGUUCCGAUCCCUCUUCCUCUCUCGGCUAUCUUGAUCUUGGUCAUUGAUCUCGGAUUCGAACUUAUUGCCGCUCUCUCGUUCGCCUGGGAUCCUCCUGAGACCGAAGACGGUUUGAUGCAACUGCCACCUCGCAAGCCCGUCACUCCCGAGACAGCCAACAUCUUCCGUCGUCGCGCUCUCCGCCGCACCCAAUCACGCUACGACGAAGAGGCCGGUGUAGUCAUCGCUCCCGAGAACCUGACCAAAUGGCAAAAGCUCCACUACAAGGUGCGAACCUGGUUCUCCAAAGCCUACUGGCUCGAUCGUUUCGAAAACACCGGUGCGGAAGUCUUAGUCGACGGCAACGUUCUCUCCUGGGCCUACCUCGAAAUUGGCAUGCUCGAAGCAAUCGGCUCAACCGUCGCAUUCUUCGUCGUGAUGAACAGCCGCGGCAUCACCCCCUACGACGCACACAUCAUGCAAAAAGGCCAAGGUGCUCCGACCAACUACUGGACCAAGAAGGCCCUCCCCUACAAAAGCAUCGACGGACCCACUCAAUACGAUAUCCUGGCCGAGGCGCAGAGCAUGUACUACUGGUCCAUCAUGACGAUGCAGAUGUUCAACCUCUUCGCCUGCAAGACCCGACUCACGCUGCCCUUCGGCAAAUACAUGUUCUCCAACCACGCCACCUUCUACUGCAUCCUGGCCGGCUCGUCGCUCGCGGCGUUCAUCAUCUACACCCCCGGCGUCGAAGUCGUGUUCGGUACCUCGCGCCACCUGCUACCGCUGUACUGGCUGGUACCGAUGGGCUUUGGAGUCGUCUUGAUUUCGUAUGCGGCGAUCCGGAUGAUCAUUUCGCGGAAGAUGAGGCCGAUUAAGUGGAAUCCGGAGGUGUCUGGUUUGCAGAUGUUUCCUACGAUUCAUACGUUUAGGUCUUUGUCUGUCAGGCGCGAGAGUAGGGAUUUUAGACCUCUGGAUGAGUGA